AUGGAUGCAUUUCUGCAUGAUUUCAAGGCCGCAUACAACGAAGGAAAUGGCUACAAUCUAUCCAUGACCCUCUACCCUAUCGCCCCUACUUCAAAUCCCAACAAACUUCGAGAAUUCUGGAGGAGUACAAAUUACGAACAUGUUAAGAAGGAUGUUGAAUAUCGCCUCCUCUAUGAUGAUCGAUCCCCGUUGAACUGCCCAGUGGAAGAGGCCAGGGCAUGGGUGGACGUUUAUUGCGCCUUUUGGAGAUUUGUUGGUCUGAUGUUCAAUGCAGAGACUGCUCCCGAAGACAAUUCAAAGGAUGCGUGGACGAAGGUAUAUGAAUCAUGGAAAGAAGUAACAAAUGCUCUUCAUCGUGGUUACAGUACCUGCGGAUUCGAAGCUUGGACAGUACCUUGCUUAUACGUAGCUGGCAAGUACCUGAGAAUCUUUGCUAUCAAGGCCGAUGAGGCAACUGGUACCGUAAUGAAUGCUGCUAUGUAUUACCAGGAUGACUUGAAUCCGGAGUCUGAGAAAAACGAGAAACUCGAAGAUGCUGCUCGUCAGCUCAACCGCAUAUUCACCUUAUGCCUCAGCGACCGAGCAUCCCUUGAAGAGUCUAGAAAAUGGGCUACUUACAAUAUUAUCAAUUUAUUGUUCAAGACCUACUUCAAACUAAACUCGAUCGGAUUGUCGAGAAACAUUCUCAACGCUAUUCAGGCAUACAGAGGUGAUAUGCCCAGUCUUGAAUCUUUCCCAAUGUCUCAUCAAGUGACGUUCAAAUAUUAUUGUGGGGUCAUAUACUUUCUUGAAGAACAUUACGAAGAAGCAGAAAAAUAUCUCACCGAGGCAUGGAAACUAUGUCACCGGAGUGCCAUCAAAAACAAAGAACUCAUCCUCACCUAUCUAAUUCCUUGCCAUCUCCUAACAACUCACACCCUUCCAACUCCAGCUCUCCUCCAACCCUACCCCAAACUCCAAAAACUCUUCGGUCCCCUCUCUCGCUGCAUCAAAAAAGGUGACCUCGCUGGUUUCGACGCCGCCCUCCUAGCCGGCGAAAACGAAUUCGUCAAACGUCGCAUCUACCUCACCCUAGAACGUGGCCGCGACAUCGCUCUACGCAAUCUCCUACGCAAAGUAUUCAUCGUUGGCGGCUACGAAGAAGCCAAGGAACCUGCUGCGGCACCAGUCAGAAGGACGAGAAUUCCAGUCGUGGAAUUCGCGGCUGCGAUUAGUAUUGGGAGUAAAGAGACGAUGGAAAAUGAUGAAGUGGAAUGUUUACUGGCGAAUAUGAUUUAUAAGAGUUUGAUGAAAGGUUACAUAGCACGAGAACGAGGUAUCGUGGUAUUGAGCAAGGGUGGUGCAUUUCCUGGAACAGGCGUAUAA